GGGAGAGCAGGCAGCUUCCGUUCUCUGUAAUCGGCUCUCUGAAUGGAGUGCAUAUGUUUGGGAGUAACCAGGAUGUUCUUCUGACCAGCACCUGCACUGGCAACACCAGGGUCUGUUGGAGAGUUUUCCAGGACAGGACUACUGGAUUAAAAAACCCAACACAUUCAGUAAGCAGGCGGGUGGGGAAGCCUUCUGCACAACUACUAGAAUUUCCUCUCUACCCCUUCAUGUAUCACUGAAAUACAACAGUCAAAACAAACUACCGGUUGCUGUGGCUGCUCUCCCUCCCUAGAUAUGCUCGAGAGGUGCAUAGAAAAAUCCCAAUUAUGAAUAACAGCAUCACUCUCAUCGCCAUGACCUCUGAGGAAGAUGCAAGUGACCUUUACCUCAGCCGCCUGUUAGACAACGUGUUCAGUGCCAUGGUGCUGGUGGUUGGUUUGGACGAUCUGGUGAACCUCAAGAAUGUGGAGCGAUUGAAGCGGGAACUCCGGGCCUGUUACAAGCUGAUUGACAGUUUCUUGACUGCCUCGGAUUGGAUCGGAGACCUGACACAGUGUGUGGAUUGUGUGGUGUCUCCAGACUCUGACAUACUACAGGAGGCACUGGAUGUAUUUGUUGCUGCUGCUGCUGCUGAGAGUAACUUUGGGUGCCUCGUGGUCAUGGGCAAAGUCGUUGUGGCAACAGAGAAGUGGUGGCGGCUUGCAGCCCAGGAGGUAAUGUUGUUGGCAUGGUUGGUGGGAUCCCUGGCGCCCAGCUCAUCGCGUGAUUACCCCGUCUAUCUGCCACAUGGCAGCCCUACGGUGCCCCACAGGCUGCUGACCUUUCAGUUGGUCCCUGGAGUGGAAGUGUGCCUGCUGUGUGGACCUACCCCCUCUUUGCAGCAGGUUCAGACUGAGUUAGUUGAAAGAUUCUGGAGCCCGCUACUGGAACCAUUAAAGACCUGUAUCAGGGUACAUCAACGCUCCUUCUCGGCCAGUGUUCCCUUACACCCGAGCAUCCUUGGUCUUCUGUUAAUAAACAGAGAACAGAGCAAGAAUUUGUUCACGCUGCAGCCUCAUGCCGUUGAUCACAGUCAACAGCAAGGACCAGUACUUCCUCCUGAGAGACGCAAAUCAAUUCUGCGACUGUUUUAUACCCUAGCUGUCUCUUCAUAUUUUCCAGCAGAUUCAAGUGAAUUCAAGCCUGUGUCUCUCCACGAGGAAUUCCACACCGGCUUCACCCAUUCCCCAGCAGAAUGCUACGUUGUCGCUGACGACCACAAGUGCUAUGCCAUCCAGACUCAGCAGUACCAGCUCUUCUUAACCUUCACACCAAAUGCCCCCACCUUUGCCCUGCGGAGCAUCGCAACUAAAACGUUUAACCUGCUGACGAAGGAAGUUCCUUUCUGAGCGGCAUGAGUUUGAGCUCUGGGUGUUUGGAGUGAAGCAGCUGCCACAUUACCUGGCAUCAACCAGGCGGACCAUCUGCACUAAAUGUGCUGUCUCUGGGAGGGUGACGAGGACAGAGAGCAGCCCAGAUGGUCAAUCCUCCCUGUUCCUUGUACUGGAAAAGAGCGGGCCGCUGCCUACCCUGUUGAUAAAUUGUGGGGAAAAGCUGGGUGUGGAAACAGCUGCCAUGGUCACUUGCAUAACAGUGAUUGCGAUUCAGCCGAUGUUGUGGAGUAACAGUUUGGGAAGAUUGCAGAAAGACCAUGAAGAACUUCCGUAAGUGAAACUACUUUCAUCACUGUGAGGUCUAGAUUAGCAAAGGAAAGACAAGGGGCGGGCUAGGGUGGGGCAAAAUAACUGCCCCUUCACCCAUUGCCGCCUUGUCAGAUGGGAGGUUCCAUUCAUUGACCAUGGAUGCAGGAGAUUGGAACAUGAUGUGAAGAAGUUGAUGCUGGGACCAUCCUGGAAGAAAAAGGAAUUGUCACUACAGGAGUACUUCAACUGUGGAAGAUGAGGAAGAAAAGUUAAAGUGGCUAUCAGAUGUUUGUUAAACUCCAGCCAGCAUUUUAUCCGUGAACUGACUAGAAUCCCCAUAACAGAACCACCACAGAGGGAAGCUGUAUUCCGAAUGUCAGAGCAAUUAAAAGCAGUGUCUUGGUGGGCCUCACACAACAAUAGACCCCUGGCCCCACACACCUGCAAGUGGCAGUCGGUGCCCAGUCAAGGUGAUCCCAAUCUGCAAAUUGUGCAGCAAUGUCCGCUGAGGCAAAACAUCCUCAAGGCCCUCACAGUUCUGGACCAUGUGAGAUGGCAGAGGGGAAGACAAAGAAGGUGGAGAACUUUGUUUAAAGAAAAGCUUUUAAGUGGCGGGAUGAUUCGCACCCAUGUAUAUUAGACAAAUUCUCUUGCGUGUGUGUAUUUUUUGAGUGCACUUACAAUGAAGUCUUAAUUAAAUGGCCUCAUAAAUUCUGAUUUUUAAAAAA